CCUCCACCGCCGCCACCGCCGCCGCCACCGUCACCGCAUGUCAAAUGCUGAGUGCCUCGAACGAGCGUCGACCGAUUGUUUUGUUUCGCCGUGCCGCCGCCGCCACCACCACUGCCGCCGUCUCCGCAGCCUGUGCUUCUCCCGACGAGAGGGGACAGCCACACGAAUCUACGGUCGUCAGGAUGAAAGAGACUGACUGCUCUUCCACGGCGUUUUCGUAGAAGACCGCCUCGUUGUUUACUCGACCUUUGCCAGUGUCGUGGGCGCCGGUGUUAUUAAACGGCAUCGUGUGGAUUUAUCAACUGUCUUGGACCAAUAUUAUCGUUGUUGUGUAGUGUUGUUUGUUGGUGUGAUUUUUGUGGACAUUCUGCCGAGCACACAUGGAAGGACCUGGAAUUUAUUGAGAUACUGUGCUGUAUCUGGACAUAAUACUCAAACUGGUGACGGGAUUUCACCUCCAAGCUGUUAUUCUUGAUGAAUGGUGUAAUAAUGUAGAAGUUAUGAUUUCAAUUAGAAUAAUGUAGAUAUCGACAGAAGAUGUUACCGUUAUUUUUUUAAGUUGUUUAAAAUGAUUUGCUUUGGGAAAAAGAAGGAACAAUAAUAUUUUCAAACUGGUGAAUUCUCAAUAAGGGUGAGAAAAAGCCAUCUUCCAUGUCCUUACUCAGUGCCUUGGCUGCUGCACUUCUUAAUGUCGUUGCUGCAGCCAGUGAGAAUGCCGCAACUACUGCCUGGCCCGUGGACAACUUGACUGCUGCCCCUUCAUCAGUGACGUCUACUAUGGGAGUCACGGGAGCAGAAGAUUACUCAGGAACUGGACACCACCCACAGUGGUCCAACACCACCCACAACAUCUCUAUCCUGUCUUCAGUGUUUGGAGUGUCGUAUUGUUUGCAGUGGGGAUCUGUAAAUCACGUCUACUUUCAGUUAGCCAAUACGUUUUUCUUUUUGUCUUACCUUGCGCCGAACGGCACUUACGGCAUUCUUUACCUUCGGUGCACUCUCCUCGUGGGCUGCGCGUUCUUUGCGCUCUGGGGGUGGACUGUCAUGUGUUCGUUCGAUGCCUUCCUGUGGAACGCUGCCUUCGUCGCCAUUAACUUCAUCCACGUGUGCGUGCUCCUCUACUACCUGCGGCCGGUGAAGUUCUCGCGGGAGGUGGAAGAGCAGCCGACCCGAAUGCUUGGCGACUUGGACGGAUAGAAGAGGCAGAUCAUGAAACUCCUGUCUGAACCAAAGGAAAUCAAGAACUGAAUGGUGAUCAGUGAAGUGGUUGUGUAUAUGUACGUGUGAAUGUUAAAACAACAGUUUCCAGUGUCAUACAUAUUUUUUCUCUUGCAAGAAUUAAUUCGAAACAUGCAAGAGUGCAAAUUGCUUGUUUUGAACUUUUGAAUAACUGCUUGCAAAUUCCCUGUUGUGUAAUGUCUUAAUAUUGAAAUGAUUGAGAGUGUAUUUUGGAAAAGUACUCAACUUGUGCAUGCUAUAUGUGUAGAAUGAUAUUUUAUACACUUGUAUGUUCUUUUACAUUGACCUUAGACAUUUUUUUCCAUUACCCCUACCAUCAUUUUAUUAUUUAGUUUGAAUAGUUCAAAACCAGCUAAAAAUAACAAAUAAAGCAAUAGCUUUAAAUAGAAGAGACUGAUGCAUCAAAAGGAGCUAUAACGCUAUUUGUUAAUUAUUUACACUUUUUGAGAGAACAUGUAAAACUACGCAUGCUGCAGCAGAACACCUUUUCUUUUUAACUUGUCUCUUGCAGUUUAUAUGGAGAUAGAUAAUGAGUUUUCAUGAAUUUAGAUAAUAAUUCAUCUAAAUCUCAGAAGCUUUACCUGCUAAAAGGUUUAUAAUAGUACUUUUUUUUCAUUUGGCUGUAGCCUUUCAAUUUGUACUUCCAG